UAAUAUCGUGCAUAUAUUCAUCGGGACAUUAUUAAUCACCCACAAAUGUGAAGCCUUUAAAAACCCACGUGAGUGGGGCCCGCCCCCCACCUCCUGACAAUGAAUCCCAAUGAUGAAGAGUCGCCUGCAACAAACACGACGGUGUAUUUAACCUCCUGAGCUUCACAAUGUGUUCAAUUCCCGGCCUUCCAACACCAGGAUCAAAAGUACCAGUUCUCAUCACAAGGGUAAACCUAAACUCCACUUGUGGUCUUGUGGAAUUGUGGAUCAACAUGGAUAAUGGGAGUAAGCGUGCGUAUGAUCAGAUGAGAGAUGAAAUUCAGACUCCUAAAAGGAAGUUUUACGGACCAGAAGGAAACCCAGGUGAUCACUGUCUGGUUUGCAUCAGUGAUACCUGGCACAGAGCUCGGAUUGUAUCGAUUCAAACUGAAGCUUGCAAAGUUUUUCUGAUUGACCAGGGACAGCCUCACAUCGCCACAAAUGAAGCUUUAGCAUGGGGCAAUAAUGACAGUUUUCUCCUUCCUCCUGAAACUGAAUCAUGCAUACUCGCAAAUGUCCUCUCCCUUGGGAAUAACUGGCCUGAAAAAGCCACAACGUUUUUGGAGUCCCUGCCUGGCAAGAACUUUAAGGGACUGGUUCAACAUGUGCUGAUGCCACACAGGACCAUUCUCCUUGACAUACCAACUAUUUCCAAGCACAUGUGUAAGAUUGGAGUUGCAAAGAAAAUGCCAGUAGAUGAGUUUAAAUGUCUUGUACAGAAAUGUCUUGAGGCCGACCACGUAACGCAGCAACAGAAUCUGAAUGUUGGUUGCCAACUUCAGAAGAAUGACCUAUAUUUUUACCCAGAACUGUUAACUGAUCAUUUUGAAACGGUUAACGUGACAGCGGUAGCUGAUCCAUAUCAUAUUUUUUGCAAACUCCAAAUUUUUUCCAAGUCAGUGAAGAUAUUAUCAGAACAGAUCCAGCAGCACUAUGAAGAUUCAGAUUCGGGAGAGACACAGCUUUUGACCUGCGGGGAUCCAUGUGCCGCUAGAGGCAUAACCGGAAAAUGGCAUCGCUCAUUACUAAAGCAAACAAUGACUAGCGAUGAUGCUGUGGAAGUCUUUCAUGUGGAUGAAGGAAAAAGUGAAUUGGUCCCAAUUGGAAAUAUCAGACCCCUGCAUGUAAGAUUUCUGAAAAUGCCAGUUGUGACGUAUCCCUGUUCUCUUGAUGGUCUAAAAGAUAAUGGCACAGGGUGGACUACAGAUCAGACUGAUUACUUAAAAUCACUGAUCCUGAACCAGACCCUUGUGGCAAAGUUUUACCACAACGGUAUACGUCAAGAUGUCUAUAAUGUCAUUCUUUAUGCACAUAAUGCUGCAUGCAUCAACAGGUGUUUCAUAGACAUGGCAGGACCCAUUUCACCCUCCAAGACGGAACCAGAUUCAAAUGUACAAAAUGUACCCAUUCCCUCAAUAUUUUUCAGUCCACUUGGAGACAAACGUGGCAUGGAAUUGCAUAACAAAGUCCUUGUAAAUGUUGAUGGUUUACUGGAGGAAACUUUGCUAUGGACCAAGAACCGAGCAGUCAAUGGCAGAACAGAUGAUGGACCCACUUCUGGAGCUGGCGAUACUCCAAUCAAAAGAAGCUCAGAACAUCCAAGCCCUUUAAUACAGAGCACUGGGAAUCAUUUAGCAAGUUUCCCCUCUGAGGUGCAAACUUCUUCUGGUGACAAAGGGAUGGAUAAUGGUUAUCAACUCCAUUUCUCAAGCUCGGAACAUCCAAGCCCUCUAAUACAGAGCAAUGGGAAUCCUUUAACAAGUUCCCCCUCUGAGGUGCAUACUUCUUCUGAUCUCCAACAGUUCAGAACAUGCCAGCGUGCCAAAUGA